AUGUUUCAGGCAGACUGGGGUGGCGAAUUUCAAGCGUUGACAAGUUAUCUUCGUGAUAAUGGUAUAUCUCAGAGAAUCUCUUGUCCAUACACACCGGAGCAAAAUGGAUGCGCUGAGAGAAAGCAUCGGCAUAUUGUUGAAACAGGAAGAGCUCUCCUCGCUCAUUCCGGCGUACCACACAAAUAUUGGACAAAUGCUUUUGCUACUGCUGUUUUCCCAUUCAUUGGUCAAUCAGCAACUUGUACCACUGUCCCUUCACCAUCAGCUUCUGCACCGGUUUUUUCCUUACCUACGGCUGCUAUCCAAGAGCGGGUUCAAUACCCAAUUCAGGAGGUACUUCCCAAUGGUACGGAUUUACAUUUGGCUGCCCAUUCACAACCGCCUACACCGUCUCAAGAAACUGCCGAGACUUCCCUAGCAGCUGAAUCUAGUCCUCCACCUCUACAAUUGGUUGAGUCACUACCUGUUGGUCUUGUCGAAGCUGCCUCUCCUGAACCAGUUACUACCCGACGCCAUCAUAUGGUCACCAGAAAUCAAACUGGGAACCUUAAACCGAGACAACCUUUCUCCUUGGCUGUUUCGGUUGAUUCUACCUCAACACCAACUACUUUCACUCAAGCAAGCAAGGACUCUAGAUGGCGAUUGGCAAUGCAAGAGGAGUAUAAUGCACUCAUUUCGAAUGGUACUUGGCAACUUGUUCCACCAACUCCAACUCAAAAUGUCAUUGGGUGCAAGUGGGUUUAUCGCACCAAGUUAAAAACCGAUGGUUCUGUUGAUCGGUACAAAGCACGCUUAGUAGCAAAGGGUUACCAUCAGAGGCCUGGAAUUGAUUUUGAUGACACCUACAGCCCGGUUGUCAAGCCAUCUACCAUUCGAUUGAUGUUAGCUUUGGCUCUACAACAUGACUGGUUUGUUGACCAAAUGGAUAUUUCUAACGCCUUUCUUCAUGGCAAUCUCGACGAAGAUGUCUUUAUGAUCCAACCACAAGGCUUCAUUGAUCCUCAUAAGCCGAAUCAUGUUUGUCAUCUAAAGCGUUCUUUAUAUGGUUUAAAACAAUCUCCACGUAUGUGGAAUCAACGAUUGACUGAUGCUUUACUUCACUUCGAGUUCAAGGGCUCCAAAACCGAUACCUCUCUUUUCUUCUAUACGGCUGGAUCCUCAAAAUUAUUUUGCCUUGUCUACGUGGAUGACAUUUUAAUCAUUGGUAAUAAUCACUCCUUGGCCGAAUCCUUACUAUCCAAUCUUAAGCAGCAGUUUGCAAUCAAGCCAAUGGGACGCCUCUCCUAUUUUUUGGGCAUACAAGCAACAUGGAAUAAGAAUGGUUUGUACUUGAAUCAAAAGAAGUAUAUUUCAGAUUUACUCCAUCGAACGCAAAUGGCAGAAUGUAGCCCGGUCAAUACUCCAUCAAAUGCUAAAGCAAAGCUCUCCUUAACAAGUGGUGCUCCAUUCCAUGAUCAAACCUUAUAUCGAAGUGUUGUAGGAGCACUUCAAUAUCUUACUUUCACACGUCCAGACCUCGCUUACUCGGUGAACAAGGUAGCCCAAUUUAUGCAUUCUCCUACCACUAAACAUUGGAUGGCAGUAAAGCGGAUUCUGCGCUAUGUGAAAACUACAUCAGAGUUUGGCCUCUUCUUUUCGAAAAGUACUCAACCAAUUCUUCAAGGAUAUUGUGAUGCAGAUUGGGGUGGUUCUAUUGAUGACAGAAAAUCCACCACAGGUUUCGCCAUCUACUUCGGCAAGUCAUUGAUUUCAUGGGUUUCCCGAAAACAAAAGUCUGUAUCUCGGUCCUCCACCGAAGCCGAGUAUCGAGCCAUUGCUUCAGUAGCUUCUGAAAUGGUAUGGUUAAAGUCAUUACUGAAUGAAGUUGGAAUUUCAUUAUCCACUGCACCAAUCAUCUGGAGUGAUAACUUAAGUGCCACCUAUAUGACUGCUAAUCCGAUUUUCCAUUCAAGAACAAAGCAUAUGGAGAUAGAUUUUCAUUUUGUUAGAGAUUUGGUCAAAAACAAGCACCUCUUUGUUCGUUACAUUGGGACUGAUCAUCAAAUUGCUGAUGUACUGACUAAACCACUACCAAAAUCUCGUUUUCAAUUCUUUCGAGACAAGCUGUACUUUGCUGCCCCUCCGUAUAUUACUGCAAACUUUGAUUGUUACCGUUUUGUUUAUCCUGCUGAAAAGCCAUUGAAAACCUCUCAUCGAGAGAAAAUUAUGGAACCUAAACCUGUCAAAUUAUUCGUGAAGAUGAUGAAUUCGGAAGAUCCAACGAUAGAAAUCCAUGCAGAUUCUAAUGAUUCAAUAAAGUCUAUCCAUGAGAAAAUUCUAGUGGCAGCUAGAAUCCCAGUUACAGAGCAGAAAUUAUUCCACAAUGGGAAGCAACUCGAUCAGUGUCUUCACACACUCGAAGACUGCUCAAUUGAAAACGAAGCUUCGCUGGAGUUGAAGGUAGAACUCAGGUGGAACGACUCGGACGAAUCAUCAGCACUUCUCCAAAAGAUUCACAAAAUGAGUUCAAACUUUUGCCGCAUGUGCCAAGGGGAAUCUGUCUCCGAAGAUCAAGAUGUCUCGGAUCAUGAUUACAAGACCUAUCUCGAGGCGUUUAUGCUCUCAAAAGAAGAGGAUUUGGAGAUUCUUAGUUUGUAUUCUGUCCCUGCGACUAUGAUUAUGCUUUACAACUCACCAACCGAAGGUAACAAAUACUAUGCUGAUUUUCUGAUAAGGUUUUCCAUGGACCUCAUACUGAUGAGUGCAGAUGAUUUUCUUGGUGAUGAAAAAGCAUCUUUAGUGUUAGAAUUUUGUAAUCUGCUCAGGGAAGUUUCUGCUGAAGAUCCUGUGUAUCAGUCAUGCCGGACUACUCUAAGAAAAUUGUUGGAAAUAGGUAAUUAUGAGAUACAUUUCAAUUAUGGUCUACGCACAAUGCUCGAAAUUGUAGAAUUUUUUAACGAGUCGUUCGUAGCCUUAUUAAAUGGAUUGAGCCAGACAUUCUACCCGGGCGCACACGUUCAGUUAUUGAAAAUUCAAUUUCGUGACUUCCAGACAUUUUCACGGGUAUUAUGUAAAGCAAUUGUCGAUCUGGCAGAAGCCGAUGAAGAUGAUGAUGUUGAUAUUGAGGAUGAUGAGACAGAUGAAGAUGAUGAGGAUGAUGAGCAUAAGGUUGAUAAUUAUGAGAAUGAUGAGACCGAUGAAGAUGAUGAUGAUGUUGAUAAUGAGGAUGAUGAGCAUAAGGUUGAUAAUGAGGAUUAUAAGCAUACGAAAAUUUUUAUAGUUCUGGUCUCGACUGCAGCAAUUAAAGUUGGAUUCAAAGACCUGCUGAAGAAGAUGGAGGAUCAUAUUAGUCGUCUGCCAGUUGUAUUACAAGUAUUGAAAUAUACUGAUGCAUUGAAAUUUAAUGAUGCUAUGCGUUCAAUUUCAUUUUUGUAUCUCGCCAUUCUGAAUGAAUUGAACAGCAUGUCUCAGCUGGAGGAGGUCACCAAAGAUGUAGUUCGGCAGCUGGUGAAGGGUGGCAAAGAUAAAUUUCGGCAGGUAUUAGAGGAUCAUAAGAAUUCACUGCAACUGAUGAUUAAAAACAUUACAAGGAAAGAUGAUUAUGAUUGGCUUUUUGAGCACAGUGAUGUGCUUGAUUCUGAAUCCAUGAUACAUUUACUCAUGAUGAAGAUGAUCCCUGACGAAAAAUUACACGACGAAGAGCUCUAUAAUCCUCUUAUUCGCUGGUCUAAAAAUCUAGACGUAAAGCUGUAUAAGAAAUUCAAAAAGAAGGAUCUUACAGAUCCUCAAGUAUUGCAGGAUUGGUUAUGCAAGUUGUGCCAAAUUCUACUCAAACCACAAAAUCUUCUUUUCCUGGCGUGCCCAAAUGAUCCUACAAAAUUAUAUCCUAAUCCUGAAUUGGAGCCACACCCAUUACACUGGGAUUGUUUUGAAAAUUGUGGUAAGGCGAUUGCAUUGGCAUUGGUGCAUGAAGUACACGUAGGUGUUGCUCUUCAUCGUGUCUUUCUUUUGCAACUGGCUGGAAAGUAUAUUUCUGUAGAAGACGUAAGGGAUGCAGAUCCAUCUUUUUACAAUAACAAGGCCAAUAAGGAACCAUUUCCCGAUGAUGAUCAAAUUCAGAAUGAAUUUAUCAAGUCAAUAUCAGAACAGAUACGCUUUUUCAAAAAUGGCUUUGAUAGUGUUUUUGGAAAAUCAAUCUUCCAACAGCUUUCUGAUAAUGGAAUAGAGCCUGAUGACCUUAACCUAGUUCUAAAAGGAAGCAUAGAACUUGAAUUUAAUUCUGAUGAGAAUCUUGACGACAAGCAAAAUGAUCCUUUGAUGCCCCAAGAUGAUGAAAGUGAUCCCCUGACGUACAGGUACUUUGUCAAUUUACAAAAUCUUAAUAUUCCGGAGUGGAAAAAGGGUAAGCGUCUCGGAGAGGGAAAAUUUGGAAAAGUGUUUGAAGGAUAUGCUCCUGGUGGUUUCUUUUUUGCCAUAAAAGAAAUAAAGAUUGAACCUGAGGCAAACAUUGAGCAAAUUUAUGAUGAAAUUCGCUUAUUAUGUCAGUUAAGACAUCCAAAUAUAGUCAAAUACUAUAGCAUGGAGAAGCGUGAACGGAAUCUCUAUAUUUUUCUGGAGCUUGUAACUACAGGUUCCCUCCAACGUGUGCAUGAAAAUUUUAAAUUAGAAGAUUCCCAGGUUUCACACUACACCAAGCAGAUACUGCAAGGUCUAAAGUAUCUCCAUGAGCGAAAUGUUGCUCAUAGAGACAUCAAAUGUGCAAAUAUAUUAGUGAAUGAAAAAGGUCGCAUAAAAAUUGCAGAUUUUGGAUUGGCAAAAGUGAUGGAAUUAAACACUCUUAUGAAGUCUUCUUACUGUGGCACACGAGGUUGGAUGGCUCCUGAGGUUGCUAAAUCGGGCAAUCAAUAUGGAUUUAAAGCUGAUAUUUGGAGCCUUGGUUGCACAGUCUUGGAGAUGUUAACAAGGAAACCUCCACACGUGAUGGAAAGUGGGAAAUUGCUAGAUCUCCCUGAUCUUCCAUCAGAGCAUUCACGAGAUUUUAUCAUGAAGUGCUUGAAAGUUAAUCCAGAUGAUCGUCCAUCUGCUGCUGAGCUUUUGCAACAUCCUUUUGUGAAAGGUUUUGGCUUAUAA